CAUCUAAUAGAGUUAAUAGAGACUGUUGUCUUCCACAAAACCAAUCCUGGAGUGUGUUUUUUUCUGCACAUCUUGGAAGUGAUCUAACAGGAGUUACUGAUAGAAACUUAGCAACAUGGGUAAGAGAAAGAUAUGAUAAUUCUGGAUUUGUUCAUAUGGGGCAUUUUCAUUUCAAUUCAGCAGCUAAUGCAGCUAGAUUCCUUGCCAAUCAAUCACAAGCACCACAACAAACACAGGCACAACCACAACAACCACAAUUACAACCACAACAACCACAAGCACCACAGCAAACACAAUUACAACAACAACAAGUUCAACAACCACAAGCACCACAGCAAACACAAUUACAACAACAAGCACAACAACAACAAGCAUAA